UUGAACCUCAAUUCAUCAUUCAUUCUAUGUUGUCUCUCUUCUUCUGUCGUCUUCUUCCCUCUCACUCUUUCAACUUUCAAGUAACACCACACCCUUCUUUUCUUACUCUUACUCUUAUGCUUUUCACCUUCUUCACUUCACUACCCUCUACCCUUUUCUGAGACACAAACACCCUCUACCCUUUUCUGAGACACAAACACUCUCUUCCUGUUCCACGCUUCCAAUGGCUUCAUGUAGUAUAGGGACCCCAAAUAUUAAAGCAUUGAACUUGCACUUUGGUGGAAAAAAAGUUGGCCUUUCACAACAAUUUGGUACAAGAAGCUGGAUCAGUAAGCAGUCACUGCAGUACACUAGUUUGGUUAUGUCACGACAGAAAGUUAGGUUUUCACCGACAGAGAUCCAAUUUGUUACAAGGUCAGAAGGUUCUGAAGAGGUUAAAUCUUCAGGUUUGACAAGUGAGCUUAUUCCUAAUCUUAUUGAGGUGGAGUUCCUGCUCACAAAAUUAUGCGACACAAGUUCAAUUGGGGAGUUAGAUUUAAAACUUGCUGGGUUUCACCUUCAUGUAGUGAGGGAUUUGACUGAAAAAACUAAAACUCUACCUCCUCCAAUUCCUGCUUCUGAAAGUAUAAUUAAUGUCACAGAAACACCUAAAACAAAUGGAUCAGUUUCUACAACUUCGUUGGCUGUCUCGAAGCCAGUAGACCCAAUACCUUCUUCUGGGUCCAUCCAGAGAUUCCUAAACAAAGCUGCUGAUGAAGGCUUGGUAAUAAUUCAGUCUCCAAAGGUGGGUUUCUUUAGGAGAUCACGGACGAUAAAGGGGAGGCGUGCUCCACCAUCAUGUAAAGAGAAACAAAAUGUUGAGGAGGGGCAAGUGAUUUGUUAUAUUGAACAGCUUGGUGGUGAGCUGCCAAUUGAGUCUGAUGUGUCGGGAGAGGUCAUCAAGAUCCUACAAAAGGACGGCGAUCCUGUUGGAUAUGGUGACGCACUUGUUGCAAUAUUGCCAUCAUUUCCUGGAAUAAAGAAGCUUCAAUAGCCUCGAAUUUUUGGAAAACAGUCAUUCUUGCCAGCCAUGCUGUAAUUGAGUCAUACAUAUAUUUCAUUACUUUUGAGUUCAUGUGGUCCAUAGCUUAUUUGUUUUGCAUAUCAAAGACAAAGGGUAAAAUCAAACUACUUUGUUUUCUCAUACUUUCCUA